UGUUUAAGCCAGUUCACAAAACGAACGCACCCGACUUAGCACGUCCGUUGCUCUCAUAACAUUUGCUAAGGACGUGCUGCUCUUACUUACCCACGCUGUUUCUUAACAGUUCACCUUCAGAGUUUCUCUGGGGCGCCGUGGAAGUGUUUGUUGGGACACAGUUUUUGUGUCGGGAUGUUUCACAGGAGUAAAACCAUAAAAGACUUAUUGAACAUUGUCCCGGGGAAACGUCGCCUCGGUGCGUACAGGUUCCUUCCAAUCUUCUUCUGUAUCGGAGGAAUCAUGGAGUGGAUCAUGAUCAACGUGAGGAUAGGACAAGAGACUUUCUAUGAUGUCUACAGAAGAAAACAGUCAGAACGAGAGUACCAGCAGAAGAUAGCAGAUGGAUUGAUAGUUCUCAAUCAGUCUCCAGCCAAGUGAAAGAUGAUGAUUGGAUUAAAUGAGGACUUGACACGUCAUCUAAAGACACUGUGGGACACCCAUGCAAUUAUGAAUGCUGCUAAAGAAACGAGUGAAAAGCUGAUGGUGCAAUGACUUCCAACAUGCAGGUUUUAUUAUUUGUAUAGUCUUCAUUUGCAGCACUGCAGUAUAAAGCAACAGGGUAGAAGAAUCAGUUUCAGAAAGAUGAAAAUAAUAUUGACAAAGGCAUUAUUUGCUUGUGAAAACCAUAUUGAGAUCUCAUCAUUGUAAUGCCUCAUAUAAAAAAAUUAAAAAAGAGAAACCAUCUUUGCCAUGUACCAACUAAAAAAAA